GAUGCGGUCUGCAAUCACCGAUGAUGGCACGGUGAUGGGUGGUGUGUUGGGCGGAUGGCUGGCUCGGGAGCAAUGUUGUCAGCUUGCACCUGGCCAUGUGAAGGCGCAUGCACGGAUGGGGCUGGGGACGCUCUGCUUUGGACAAGGCGCUCGGUCGGUAUUGCUCUCGCAGCCCAAAGCAUGCCAUUCCCCAGCUGGGCAAAGCGCGUUCGCCCGAUGUGGAGGUGCAUGCUCUCCCAUGCAUGUGACGGGGGGGAGUAUGUUCAUUCCACACGCUUGAACUUCGCAAACAUUCCCAUCUGGACCACGAAAUGUGGUGCACAUCCCACCGCCGUCGAUCGCGGCAAGGGGUGCAUGUCCUCCACGACACUGGACGCAGCGCGCGCGUGCAAGGGCUAAUCUGCGGUGGGCACGCAUUGCGAUGCGCUUCCAGCCGCGGUGACGAUGUCUCUUAGCUCGCGUCGAGGCCACAACGGCUGGCCAAGGACACAUCACGCUCGAUGGAAUCUAAUUAUAAACAUCGACGUCGGUGGAGCGUUUUCACUUGAUCGCGAUUGAGAGCGAGCGAGAUGGCAUGGUGCAGCCGGACAUCACGGAAACACCAUCCCCCGGGAACCGGGCAGUCGGCCACGGCUGCAAUCGGACCAGGCAGCUACAACACGAUCGGGUCGUCCGUGAAGCCGCCCAAGCCGAGUUUUGCCGCGUUUGGGUCGUCCGGGCUCAAGGACGCGUGCCCUGAUCUACCUUUGCAUACUCCUGGGCCAGGGGCGUAUGCGACGACCAUAUCGACGUCGUCAUGGACGCCUGCGAGCUACGGCGACGCCACCGCAUCGUCAAGCAUGUUCAAGUCCAGUACGGAACGAACCAAGUUCAAAUCAGCGUCGGCGGCUCCGGGGCCGGGAGCGUAUGGCGCAGCAGCCCACCCGUCGGCCUUCAAAAAGUCCAAGGCCACGUCGACCAUGUAUGCGCGACCCCCAUGGUUGGUCGUUGAGGGUCGUGACUCGCGCUGGUAGGCGGCGAAGUCAAAGCGAUGCGAAAGCAAACAGCGGGGGUGGCGUCAAAUGGGUCCGCGUGCCCACCGCGCCAUCCAUUCCAAACGUUGCGCAGAGCUUUGGCUACGAAGAAGGGCCGAAAGGGCAAAUGAUCCUUCAGCAUCCAUCGAAAUCCGGGCACAGUGGCUGCGCCAACGACGUCACCGGACCCGGCGAGUACGACCCUCUCCAAGCGCUCCACCGGUUGGCAUGCACGCGCGCGACUAGCUUCGCCAAGAGCAAAACCUCGCGGGAUUCAAAGCACAAGAGCACUGUCGCGCCUGGCCCGGGCUUCUACCACACGGAAACCCACCCUCAUCCUCACGCGGCCGUGCCAAGCGCAGUGUUCAAGUCAACACUCACGCGCGAGCGCGCCGCGCACUCGAUGGCACGCACAACGGCAGCUGCCGUGCCUGGCCCUGGCUCGUACAACUCGUCGACUCCACAAAAGGCAAAGAAAACCGUGCCGGAGCAUCUUCAGUUCUUUGGCAGCACGACGUCCCGGUUCGAGCCCAAGGCGCCGCCGACGUCGUCGAUGCCCGCGACAACGUCGUCGACCCCGGUCAAGCCGCAGAGCCACCACCACAAUCCCCACAACGUCGGGUUUGCAUCGUCCAACAAACGGUUCGACACUACCCUGGCCAAGGACACGUUCGACGUCGGCCCCGGCUCGUACAACGCCCCCGGGCUAGUCGAAGAGCUCCAGCAUCGUGUGAGUGGGCGAACGGGCGUAUUUGGGUCGACAACGAAGCGGUUUGAGAGCGCGAAACCGCUGCUGGACACCGUGCUCCUCGAGCACGACCCGCGAUCGAAUAACCAACACGACGACACGAUGUCCGUCGUCAAAGCCAAGAGCUCAGCGUUUGCAUCUGCAACGAGUCGUUUUCAAAGCCCCGCGGCCAAGGACCCCGUGCCAUGUCCCGGAGAUUACAACAUCAACUUGACGUGGGACAAACCCGGCGGAAAAGCCGUGUUUGCAUCGCACAUGGAUCGAGGCACGGCUCUGGACAAGAAGACGGCGGCGCUCCCGGGACCGGGGUCGUACGUUGGACCGGAUUCGACCAUGAAAAAGGCCAAGCCAACCACCCAGCGAAAAGACGUGUUCAUGUCGACGGAGCCGCGGUUCAAGAGCAAACUAGCGCCGCUCGCCAACCUGGGGCCGGGCGCGUACAACCCCGACACCAUCGAAACCGACUGGAACCGACCCACGUACAACAUUACGAUUGCCACCGAAAUGGAGAAACGAAUAUGACCAACGCGUCUAUUGCUUCAAGGCAGUACUGUGUCAAGUCCUUGUCAAUUCAUGGCAUGCUGUGCCAUGGAACGUAGUCGGCGCGCUCUGCGCCGCCGCAUAUCCUUCCAAAACACCACGACAACGUUGUCCGCCAUCGCCGCCGCCGCCCCUGGUGUGGUUGAAACACCAAACAGCUAGAAUGUGAGAACUAUCCGGAUAACGGGAUAGUAUCCGAAUCACA